AUCGUCAAUUACUACGAAUUCAAAGAGUCUGCUCCAGAGUAUUUCGUGAUCGAUGAUAUUCAUCACAUCAGGGAACUCGCAAGAACCCUCACCAUUAGUUCUCCGCCUUACUACGACCAAAAAGGACGAAGAAUGUUAAUACUGAAAAUUGGCAGCUGGAAUCCUUCCGAAUUCACGGUGAAAGAAAUCUUGCAGUUGGCGAUUGGAAUGAUAGAACUUGCUUUGUUGGAGCCUCAAACCCAAAUCAAGGGAGGAGUUUUCAUUGUUGACCUCAGUGGGCUUUCCUUGGAUAUGGCUUGGUAUAUGACCCCCACCCUAGCAAAACAUAUCCUCAACUUAGCAGUAUACUCGUUUCCUAUUAGAACAGAAGAGGUCCACGUGCUUCACACCUCCUGGAUCUUUGACAUGGCCUGGAGCAUGCUCAAACCUCUGAUCACCGAAACGAUCAAAGAAAAAAUCUACUUCCACGGCGACGAUUUGGAGAGCUUCCACGGCCACAUUGACCCCAAAUGCCUGCCCAAGAGAUACGGGGGCGUGUACGAAGACUACCCUCUGUCUGUCUGGUUUGAAAACGUGCUGCUCAAGGACGAGAAGAUCAUAAAAGUGUUCGAGAAAGAAGGCUACAACCAGAUAAGGCUGUUGAAAGAGGAGGAAGAUGCCAAAAAAGAAGGAGACUCUUGAAUAACAGUUGAAGAUACUCCUUGGUAGUUGGAACAGUUGUACAGACAAAUUCGUUUUCGAAAUGUGCGAUCUGGAAUAGUGUUUGAGUCACGAUUAGUCCACCGAGAGUUUGUGAUAUUACGAAUAAAAUUAAUGAUUAUAUUCUAUUCCAAAAC